ACCAGGAGACAGCACAGGACGUGAUCGCGCGACCCUGCCCGUGAACAAUCUCCCAACUCAUUUAUAUUUUAGCAUGCCGAAGCCGACGAUGCGGUCGAUUUUAACGCUUCAAAAAGUAUGAUUAAUGUAAAAGUGUAGAAUAAUGGCUUUAUUUAAAACAUCAGGCCAAAUUCCAGAGGAUGCAGUAAAGUUGACAUAUGAUGAAGCAUUAAAGUACCAAUGGGAACAAAUUACGAAUUGGAAACCACGGAAAGACGUAUGGGCUUUUCGUUAUGGGAUUCAUAUUCUAUCAGGAACUACUGCAAUGACUGGUAUGUACAUUAAUAAAUAUUAUCGACAAAAGUUAAAACUACGAACUCAGGGAUAUGUUUCUUCGUUCCUCCCUACUAUGAUUAUCCCUGCAGCAAUAGGAAACUUUUUGUAUUUGGAGUUUGUAUCUAAUGACCUUAUCCUGCGGACCACUGAAUGUCCUGUUUGUGUUGAAAUUAAAGCUUGUGCAAUACAAUCUGGCAUUGGUGUAAUUUAUCCUAUUUGUAUAUCAUCGAUAGCAAACUUUAUGAUUGCAUCUCUUUGUGGAUCUUACAGACUUCCACAUAUUACCGAUGUGAAACCGUUAUUCAGCACAUGGAUAACACUGUCUAAAUCACUCGGAAAAAGGAUACCAACUCUAUUCAUGAUUCAAUGCAUAGUUGCGUCUGUUAUAACAUAUUCUCAAGCAGCAGCUUUAAAUCAUAUACAAACAACAUUAUUGCUGGAUUGGGAAAAGGUGAACCAAGAACAGGAAUUGGAAGCAUGAAUCUGUGUAGCAAGAGAGGUACCACGUUUAGUAAUAGAUGUCUUAGUUUCAGACGUAUUGUUUACAUUCUAAUAAAAAUUAUACCUUAUAA